AUGAUGGGUAUUUUUGAGGCUGGUUUUGAGAAGCCCUCCCCCAUCCAAGAAGAAACUAUACCCGUGGCCCUCACUGGGCGGGAUAUCCUUGCGCGCGCGAAAAACGGAACAGGAAAGACUGCUGCCUUUGUUAUCCCGACGUUAGAACGAACGAAUCCCAAAAAUUCCAAAACACAAGCCCUCAUCCUGGUCCCUACAAGAGAACUCGCUCUUCAAACAUCGCAAGUGUGCAAGACACUCGGGAAACAUCUUGGUAUCAAUGUUAUGGUCACGACUGGUGGCACGGGCCUUCAGGAUGAUAUUAUACGCCUGAAUGAAGCAGUUCACAUCAUCGUUGGCACUCCUGGGAGAAUACUGGAUCUUGCUAGUAAAGGUGUGGCAGACUUGUCAGAGUGUUCGACUUUUGUUAUGGACGAGGCGGACAAGCUUCUCUCACCCGAGUUCACCCCGGUUAUCGAACAGCUUCUGUCGUUCCAUCCCAAGGACCGUCAAGUAAUGCUUUUCAGCGCAACAUUCCCAAUGAUCGUCAAAUCUUUCAAGGACAAACAUAUGAGGAAUCCUUACGAGAUCAACCUCAUGGACGAGCUUACACUUCGGGGCAUCACGCAGUAUUAUGCGUUCGUCGAAGAAAAGCAAAAAGUCCACUGUCUGAAUACUCUCUUCUCCAAACUCCAAAUCAAUCAAUCUAUCAUUUUCUGCAACUCUACAAACCGUGUUGAACUACUCGCCAAGAAAAUCACCGAACUGGGGUACUCAUGUUUUUAUUCUCACGCUAAAAUGUUACAGCAUAACCGAAAUCGUGUGUUCCACGACUUCCGUAACGGCGUUUGCCGAAACCUGGUCUGCUCAGACCUGUUGACACGCGGCAUUGAUAUUCAGGCAGUGAAUGUCGUGAUCAACUUUGAUUUCCCCAAAAAUGCAGAAACUUAUCUUCACCGCAUAGGUCGUUCAGGUCGGUUUGGACACUUGGGUUUGGCUAUUAACCUAAUCAACUGGGAGGAUCGAUAUAACCUGUAUAAAAUUGAACAGGAGUUGGGCACUGAAAUCCAGCCAAUCCCCCAAUCCAUCGACAAAAAGCUCUAUGUUUACGACACACCCGACACCAUCCCCCGACCCACUUCUAACGUUGGCCACCAGCAGCAGCAGCAGCAGCAGCAACAACAGCAUCAGCAUACUUCCGCACCGCCGCAACAUCCUAACAAUCCAGGAAAUCACAAUCGCCGACAUGGCCAGCAUCAAUAUGCUUCCAAUAGGGGCCGUGGAUCUUAUCGUGGCGGCCGUGGCCAAGGACAACGGGGUGGCUAUGGAGAAAAUCAUCGCCAGAACUGCACCGUACCGCGACCAAGCGCAGCCGCAUCUGCACCCGCGUCGUAA